AUGGCCGACAGCACCGACUCCGUGUACGAUUUCGAUUUAGUCCCGAAGAAGAAAGUCGCUACCUACGGAAAAGGAGGAAGGCGGAGGGCAGAGACGACGACGAGACCGGCGACUCUUAGACACUCAGAAUCAGCGCCGACCGUUCCGUCAUCCUUCGCCGAGUCGCACCCAACAUUGCCCGACCCCCGUCGCUUGUCGACGCGCGCCAUCGGGGCCACCAAGGCUGGGCGGCAGGGCACCCGCAAACCAGCCCCUGAGACGCGCCAAAAGCUAGCGGAUGAAGCGCACAGUCAACCACUUCCCGAGACCUACGAGAUCGACCCUUAUGACAUUGACUCGCUGGUCGAUGAGACCGCCAGGACAAAGAAAAGGAGGGUUGUGCGGGAGUCUUCCGACAAGGGAAAGUUUACCGGUCCUUACUCGACGCCGGAUUCAUCCCCUUCGGGCGCCCGGUCACCUCUUCCGAUCAGCGAGGAGGAAAUCCCGAGGUCGGCACCGGAUGCUAGCCCGUCGUCCGCGUCUCGACGUAGUACGCCCGAGCGGGACAUUGAUAUGAAAGAUGGCGCCCCCACUUCGAUGCCGUUCUCGGCAAAAACCACCCGCAGGUUGAAAAACCUCAGUGUCAGCUCCAAAAGUUCGGGAUUUAAGAAGCAGGAAAUUCCCAUCCGUCUUUCUGCCCCUGCUCCAAAGCCUGCUCCAAAGCCUGCUUCAAAGCCUGUUUCAAAACCUACAACCAAGAACCCACCAGGCCCGGCUGCUGUCACCCCGAGCCAGGAGCCCACUGCUCAGCCAAUCCGAAAGAGGCGCCUAAUUGAUACGUUAGCGGCGCAGGUUCAAGACGAAAUCAAUUCAUCCGAGGAAGAAACAUCAUCACACGAGUCAGAGAUCCUCGGUUCCCAAUCGCCACCACAAUUCCAGGCGUCCCCACCUUCGCCAUCAGUUCUAGCUCAGCCGAAAACGCUACCACGCCCCGUUUUAGCGACUAAGAAGACCGGCCCAAAGUUCACAUACACCCAGCAGCGGUCCAUGCUAGCUGAUGACGAUGACCCGCUAUUAGGAAGUGGUGGGCUCGGUGACAUUGGUGACGGGAGGGCAGGAAGCGCGCUCUUUAACCUUGGGCGUCUUACGAAAAGCUCAACCGUAAACACCAUCUCAUACCUUGAUGAAGACGAGGAGACGGGCAACACUGGCGCCGUUCGGAGUAUUCACGAGCUGAGGCAGGCUGGCGCAAACAGCCGCUUUGCUGAUGAGAUGGACGACAUCCUAGACAGAGUCGGCCUGCCCUCAGCCAAGCCCUCUUCUCUGCGGAGGGGCGCCUUGCUCGAGCUUGCUCAAAAAAUGAAGCACAAAGAUUUCCGCCAGCAGUUUCGUAACCACAGCGACGGCGGAAGCCUGUUCCGGUCGCUCGCCGACGAAACGGACCUGAUCUCUGGAUAUGCAAUUUUGGCCAUAGUCACCACCCUUCUCGCCGCUACCACGUCGGCCCAUCUGAUACAGCAGCUUCGCUCGCAAGGCCUAGCUACACUUGUUGGCAAGCUUCUCGAUAAUACAACCGACAUCGGGCAACUUAUGAAAGACAGGAAACAAAACGUCUCCCGAAACGGCCAGCUUACCAUCGCGAUGAUCAAAUCUUCGCUUCUGGAACUUCCCGUUUGGGAGCCUUCCUCUCCUACAACGCUAUCACCGCGGACCCUGGCCUUGAAGUGUCUCGAUCUCCUUAUGCGGCAGCCCACCCACGCGUCUGUCGAGGACGAUGUGCUCUCUCAGGCAGUUACGGACCGCUUGUUUUCGAUCCUCGCCGACGGUGUUUCUAACCCCGCUUUCUGGGACUUGUCGAAUCAAAAAGAAUCUUGCGACUUUUACCUAGCCCUCUAUGUACUGGAGGGUCACUCGGUCAGCGCGAUGCAGUCUCGGCUCGGCCCUCUGUGGACAAGGCAGCAUGCCCCGGUGGUUGCCGAGGUUUUGGAGACUGCCCUGGAACGGCCAGCUGACCAACUUGGUGAUCUUGAGAACCUCACUCUGAAGCUGUCUCUCAACAUCACGAACCACAACGGGGAGGCUUCACGAUUGUUUGUCGAAAAGGGGUUGCUCCGGCGUCUUGCAAAAUCAGCGUGCGGCGCGUUCGAGAUGGUCAUGAACUCGAUGAAGGCGGAUUCCUUCAUGUCCAAGGUCCUAGAAUCUCUCAUCAUGAUGCUGGGAGCCAUGAUCAAUUUCUGUGUGUAUUAUCCGCCCGCUUCCAGCAGCCUCGAGGAACCAGGCGACGGCACAGGGUCGCCCCUGAACCGGCUCAUUCGGGUGUUUGCAGAGAACCACUCGAAGACAGCUGACGCCGACUCGAUGGAAAAAACUCAACUCAAUGUUGCCUUGGGCUAUCUCUCGGUCCUGCUAGGCUAUCUCUCCCUAACCGCCUCGAUCAAGGAGCGGUUUGUUUUGGUUCACCCGAAAAAGAACAUGCAACCGCUGCUCGAUUCGAUCAACGAGUUCAUCACCUUCCAUCGCAAGGUCGCAGAAGCUCAGGGCAAUGAGGGAGUGAAACAGGAAUCCGGGUCCCUGACUCGUCUCCAGGACCUCGCAAAUCAACUAGCGGUGCUGCGUUGA